AUGGAUCCUCCAAGGAGACAUGCCCAUAAGAAGCUGAAGAAGAGGCGUUCCAGCCUUUUUGCCAACCUCAAGUUUGCUGGAAGUUUCUCCCAAAGCAUGGAGGUCGAGUCCAGCGCCUUCCCCUUUGCCCAGGACAGCUCCAUCAAGGCCUGGACCUCCAUGGACCACCUGGACAGCCCUACCCCCAUAAUGGAGGAGCCCGAGGCAGGGGCAGCCACGGAGGCCCGGAAACCUCCAAAGAGGCAAUCCACUACCAUCAAUAUAAACGUGGGGGGCAAGCUGUUCCGCAUCCCCACGCGCAUGGCGGUACGGCACCCUCACACCCGCAUUGGGAAGCUGGCCCUUUGCACAGACCCUGCCAGACGGCAGCAGCUGUGUGACGAUUACUCCGUGCACACUAACGAGUUCUUCUUCGACCGGGACCCCACAUUCUUCCACUACAUCUCUCACUUCUACCGCUCCAAGGUGCUGUGGGUAAUGGACGGAUUGUGUCCUGUAAACUUCGAGGAGGAGAUGGCCUUCUGGGGCCUGCGCAUGCGAGACAUGCAGCGCUGCUGCAGAAUCCUGUUUGAAGAGAAGGUGGAUGAGCUGCGAGACCAGCUGAAAGUUGAACGUGAACUGAUGGCUGAGAUUGACCCCCAGCACAAUGAGGAGGGCUUUAAGACCAUGUUCCUGGGCGGCCUGCGCAAGGCUGUCUGGGAUUUAAUUGAGAACCCUUACUCCUCGCCAGCCGCCAAGGCCUUUGCCAUCUUCUCCAGCAUCUUUGUGAUCACCUCCAUUGCUGCCAUGACUCUGAACACUGUCUCUGAGCUCCGAAUUUAUACCAUCUAUGGGAAAACCUAUGUGGAGUUUGUGGAGAUUGCCUCAAUCCUCUUCUUCACCCUGGAGUACUUCCUGCGCUUGCUCACCACCUGUAACAUCACAAACUUCCUGAAGAGCACCCUGAACUUUGUGGACCUGGUGGCCGUCAUGCCUUACUUCAUCCAGAUUGUAUUUGAGGCAAUGUCAGACCAAGAGGAUCUAAAUGUGCAGGAUGAUCUCCGAGGGGCAAUGUCACGUGUUAGCAAGGCCAGCAAGGUGCUGAAGGUGGUCAAGCUGAUGCGCAUAUUCCGCAUCCUAAAGCUAGCACGUCACUCCACCGGUAUGCGAGCAUUCGGAUUCACCUUGCGGCAGUGUUGUGAGCAAGUGUGUUGCCUCUUCCUCUUCAUCACCAUGGGAAUCUUCACCUUCUCUGCCCUCAUGUAUUCAGUGGAGCACAAGAUGGAGGGAACCCCCUUCAGCAGCAUCCCUGACACCUGGUGGUGGGCAGCGGUGAGCAUCUCCACCGUGGGGUACGGGGAUGUGGUGCCAGUUACGGUGCUGGGCCGGAUAGUGGCAUUCUGCUGCAUCUCCUUUGGCAUCAUCCUCAAUGGUAUGCCUAUCUCCAUCCUCUUCAACAAGUUCUCUGACUACUACGCCAAGCUGAAGGCCCAGGAGCACACCUACAUCAACAAGCAGCACCGCCUGGAGCUGAAGACCCGGCUCCAGCGUCGGCUGCACCACUGCCUCGGUCCGCACUCUGAGGAAGAGGAGGAGUGCAGGGCCCACAACCGCAACCACAACCAGAAUGAGAACCAGAACCAAAACUGAGUUCCGCAGUGCCCAUUCACCACAUGGUCCUGGCAUGUCAACCCCACUCCUGUCCCCCACCUGAUUCUAUCCCCUGGGUCUUCAGGUGUAGAAUUUUAGGCAAAGAUGAGCAGUGGGCCUUGAGCCUAAGCUGCCAAAAAUAGCAGACAACUCUCAAUCUCAAGGACUGAUAGGACGUAAAGUGGAAAGCGUAACUGCAUCAGUGCUGCUCAGUAGCUGGAAAAGAUCAAAUUCCUUUUGCUGGUUUCAGAUCAGUUCAGCUGACUGCUACUUCUAACUAAAGUUCUAUUGUAUCAUAAAGGCCUAUGGCCUUUACAGAUCAACGCAUGGCAGGUUUAUAGCUAAAAUGUAUGCAUGUACUGUAGAAAGAUGAGUAAUUAUGUUGUUUAUUAAUACCAAAGUUCAGUUUGCAGUUUCUUUCCAGAUUAUUUCUAAAAAGAGAGCAUGUAAUAAAACAGGGCUAAACUCUCUUCCAUGUAGCAGUGCAUUAGCCCACAGGGCUACACUCCUCCAUGUAGCAGUGCAUUAGCCCACAG